AAAUUUUUCUUGGUUCACUUUUGGUCCACUUGGCUCAUUUGGUGAAAAGCUUUUCAUUUUGUUUCCAUUGUUCUUGCUUGCCAUGACACUGAGACUUGGUUCCAUCGCUCCUGAUUUUGAAGCGGAUACCACCCAAGGGCCUAUCCGCUUCCACGACUUUCUUGGUGACAGCUGGGGUAUCUUGUUUUCGCACCCUGCUGAUUUCACACCUGUUUGUACCACUGAAUUAGGACUAGUGGCAGCAUUGGAGGAUGAAUUCGCCCAGCGUCACGUCAAGGUCAUUGGACUUUCAGCCAACGGUCUCGCUGAACAUGAACAGUGGAUUCGAGACAUUAACGAAAUUAGUCACGUCAAGUUGAGUUUUCCCAUCAUUGCCGAUGCCGACCGAAAGGUAUCGGUUCUUUAUGACAUGUUGGACUAUCAGGAUGCGACGAAUAAAGAUCAGCAGGGAGUUCCGUUUACAAUUCGGUCUGUUUUCAUCAUUGAUCCCAAAAAGACGAUCCGGCUUAUCAUGACCUAUCCUGCAUCAACAGGUCGUAAUUUCGAUGAAAUUUUACGUGUGAUCGAUUCGUUGCAGCUGGGAGACCAAUACCGUAUCACCACCCCGGGCAAUUGGCAAAAGGGGGAUGAUGUCAUUAUUCAUCCCAGUGUAUCGACGGAAGAAGCCCACACUUUAUUUCCAAAGGGUGUCAAGGUCAUCAAGCCUUACUUGCGAAUGACACCGUCGCCUUUCUGAUCGCCCCCUUUCCCCCCCCCCAAAAAAAAAAGGUGAAAAGCCCUCAUUUGCGCGCUGUCAUCCUGUAAAUUCAUACUCAGCAUGUUACGGAAUGAAAAUGAGCAAAUGCAUCAAUUUUCUCCCGUGUUGCAUGAUAACGCAUGACAUCAUGUUCAAGAAAAAAUUCAAAACACAAGGAAUAAUAAAAACAUAAAAAAGAACUGUCAAAGUUCCUUGU